GGAAAUGACGAAGCCGAGCGAGGGAGAGGCAGAAGUGGUCGGGUUUGUAGCCUUUUCGCCCAUGGCAUGUUUCAGAUCCCUGAGCUUGCAGUGUCUGUUGCUACGUGUUGCUUCCGCAGCAGCAGCAGCAGCAGGAGCUAGGACCUCGUUCGCGCCCCAGAGGCUUUCGCUGGAGUUUGGGAGUUCUUGGUGCAAGUCGAGCAGCCACUGCAGCAGCAGCAGCAGCAGCAGGGGUUCGGCAGGAGGAGGAGGAGGAGGAGUGCUUGGGUCCGCUUUGGGUUGUUUGGGAGUCGGAGGUCUGGCUCUCGGGUCGGAGCGAAUGACCAUGGCCGUCGCAGACGCCGUCCCUGCCAGUGCAGCCGAGGAAGAGAAGAAUGUUGGGGCUGCACUUCCCGACCUUCUGACAGAAUUCAUGGUGGAUAUGAAAUGUGAGGGAUGUGUAACAACCGUACGCAACAAGAUUGAACCACUGGAAGGGGUGAAGGCGGUUGAAGUCGAUCUUGCAAAUCAAGUGGUAAGAAUUCUUGGGUCAGCUACCGUAAAGAACUUAACUACAGCCAUCGAGCAAAGUGGGCGUCAUGUGCGAUUAAUUGGUCAGGGCGUACCUUCUGAGUUUUCUGUUUCAGCAGCUGUGGCAGAGUUUAAGGGUCCUCAGAUCCAUGGUGUGGUCAGAUUUGCCCAGGUGAGCAUGGAGAUGUCCAGGAUUGAGGCAAGCUUCAGCGGAUUAACACCUGGGCCGCAUGGCUGGUCGAUAAACAUGUAUGGAGAUCUCACGCAAGGUGCUGCGAGCACUGGUGGUAUUUACAGGCCAGAUUCUGCACAUUCAGCAGCUUCUACUACCGAGAUCAUGGGUGAGUUGGGAAUAUUAGAAGUUGGCAGCGAUGGAGCUGCCGAAUACACUGGAAAGAAAAUGGGUCUGCAAGUGUAUGAUCUUAUAGGACGAGCAGUUGUCAUCUACGAGAGUGAAGACAAAUCGAAGGAAGCGAUAACUGCUGCUGUGAUAGCGCGGAGUGCAGGUGUCGGUCAAAAUUACAAGAAAUUAUGUAGCUGUGAUGGCACUGUUAUUUGGGAGUCUACCAACAGCGACUUUGUAAAACUCUGACCACUUUUUUUUCUAUUUUCAUUCAUUAACUUUCCGUUGUCUUAACCAAAAAAUGAACUCUACACAUUGUAGAUGCAGCUUAACAAUACCUCACCGCUACAUUACUCAUCUUACUUAUUAGUCUUCAGUGCCCCGCUGAAACGGUAGAUUACAUCUCCAUUUGUGGAGCAAAGUAUCAGACAGACGACACAUGUAUAUGAAAGCACAUGGCUCACGGAAGUAAAACCAGGGAGAGCUUAUUUCACUCUGCUAAUUUUU